AUGUCUGUUGUGGUGAACUUUAGCGCGUCAGAUCCCGAUUCUUCUUCUUCAGACUUUGAGGAAGUGCAGUAUCCACCAAACAAUUGGGCUCACACGGACGAACAGCUACCUCUAUAUCAUAUGGAAGAGAAGGCGCGGAGGCGGACGAAAGGAGGAGGAGGACUCAGCUUUGAGAACGACGGGUAUGAGCUCACACAAAAGACGGACUACCCAUACGAUGACGAGGGAAAGGACGUCUACAACAAAAUGCACGCACCGAGGAGCGGUAUGGGCGGUGGGCGACCACGAAUGGCACCGCCACCACCCCCGACGUCCAUCCGAGAAUUCCUGUACCAAAACCUAGAACACAUCCCGCCCGUCGUCUACACCCUGCUCUCCUGCUACACCCGCUUCCACAAGAUCGGCCUGUCCAACAUCGUCGUGUGGGACGAAGCCCACUUUGGCAAGUUUGGGUCGCAUUAUUUGAAGCGCGAGUUUUACUUUGAUGUGCAUCCGCCGUUGGGGAAGAUGUUGGUCGGGCUGGCGGGUCUGCUGGCAGGCUACGAUGGGAGCUUCGAGUUCAAGAGUGGGGUGCAGUACCCCGACACUGUGCCGUAUGUUGCUAUGCGGGUCAUGUUGGCGACGUUUGGAGUGGCUAUGGUCCCGUUGGGAUGGUAUACUGCUGUCGAGCUCGGCAUGAGCCAGUGGGCUUGUCAUUUGGUGGCAUUGAUGGUUCUUCUGGAUGUGGGCUGGUUAUGUAUCUCUCGUUUCAUUCUUCUGGAUUCCAUGCUACUCUUCUUCACAUUCUUAACGGUCUUCUGCUUGACAAAGUUUCACAACCAACAAUAUCAACCUUUCUCUAUAGACUGGUGGUUGUGGCUGACAAUGACAGGGCUAUCUAUCGGUUGGGUUACCAGUGUGAAAAUGGUUGGUUUGUUCGUCACGGCUCUGGUUGGUCUAUACACCAUUGAGGAUCUCUGGGACAAGUUUGGCGACCUAAAAAUGCCUGUGCGUGAUCAACUGAAACAUUGGGGUGCCCGAAUAGCCUGCUUGAUUGUCCUUCCCAUUCUCACGUUCAUGGCGUCUUUCAAACUCCACUUCAUGGUUCUCAACCACUCAGGCCCUGGCGACUCGCAGAUGAGCUCGCUGUUUCAGGCAAAUUUAGUCGGAAACGACUUCAAGAACAACCCACUUGAGGUUGCGAUCGGUUCGAAGGUUACACUUAAGAAUGUUGGCUAUGGCGGUGGUCUUUUACACUCGCACGUUCAGACAUAUCCGACGGGGUCCACUCAGCAGCAAGUUACUUGUUAUCAUUACAAGGACGACAAUAAUCAAUGGAUCAUCUUACCGACGUGGGAAGAAGCCAACUACAACCCGAACGACCCCAUACGCUUUCUUCAGGACGGGGAUGUCAUCCGCCUCUCACACGGACCCACCACUCGUAAUUUACACUCCCACAACAUCCCCGCCCCGGUGACGAAGCUGGCUCAUGAAGUGUCGUGCUAUGGCAACGCGACUGUCGGUGACGCUUCAGACUAUUGGAUCGUCGAGGUCGUAGACGACAUCAGGCAAGGCAAAAAAGUGGAAAAGAUCCAUUCGUUGACCACGCAAAUGCGGUUCCGCCACAAGAACUUGGGAUGUUACUUGCGUGCAGCGAAUAGUGUUCUCCCACAGUGGGGCUUUAAGCAGAUUGAAGUCACCUGCACCAAUGACAACGACCCCAAGGACAGUCAUACAUACUGGAACGUUGAGAGUCAUUGGAACGACCGACUUCCCCCGGGUGACAUGAAGUUCUACAAAUCCCCCUUCCUGCGCGACUUUUGGCAUCUGAACGUUGCGAUGAUGACAUCCAACAAUGCCCUAGUCCCUGAUCCAGAUAAAGAAGACAUCCUCGCGUCGAAGCCGUCCGACUGGCCGUUCCUCCAUCUCGGACUGAGGAUGUGCGGCUGGGCAGACAAUCAGGUCAAGUAUUAUUUGAUGGGGACGCCUCUCAUCUGGUGGGGAGGCGCGAUCAGUCUGAUCCUGGCGUUGUUGACGUUUUUGGUGUACCUGCUUCGUAUGCAGAGGAAGUAUAUUGAUAUGGAGCCGAGGGAGUGGGAUCAUUUCUUGUAUGUGGGGAAGAUUGCAUUUUUAGGAUGGGCGCUUCAUUAUGUGCCGUUCAUGAUCAUGGGCCGUGUCACAUACGUCCACCACUAUCUUCCGACGCUCUACUUCUCCGUGCUGAUGUUUGCGCAUCUCCUUGAUCACUUUGUCUUCUCUUCGCGUCGUUUGACGACAAAAGCAAAAUGGAUCGUUUUUGGGAUCUGCUCGUCGUCGAUAUUCCUGACGUUCUGGUGGUUUAGGGGAGUCGCGUUUGGUAUAAGUGGGCCUAUAGCCGAACAUCGGGGGUUGCAGUGGCGUAAAAGUUGGAAUAUCUACAAUAAUUAA